AUGGCAACCCAAUUCCUCAUCUCCAUCUUUCUCCUUUCUCUCCUCAUCUCUUUCUCGUCCUCUCUCCCUGCAUCCAGCAUUCUUGAUGCUACCCAAAUCCUCUCAAAUUCAGGCUAUGUAGCCAUGGCUCUCAUUCUUGAAUUUGGCUCUCAAACUGAUUUAAUUCCACCAUCUCAAUUUCUCACUAUCUUCUCUCCCUCUGAUACUGCAUUUGCUCAAACUGGCCAACCCUCUCUUAAUCUCCUUCAUUUCCACUUCUCUUCUCGCUUUUUAUCUCUUAAUUCCCUCAAAUCUUUCCCUCCUGGCUACAAGAUCCCUACUUUUUUCUCCAACCACUCCCUCGCCAUCACUUCUCAUGCUGAUCGUCAAGUCUCAGUAAAUGGUGUCAAGAUUAAUGGGUCGGCUUUAUAUGAUGAUGGACGUUUAGUAAUCUUUGGAAUUGACAGUUUUCUUGAUCCAGAUUUCAGGGUUUCUGGGUCCAAUAUUGGAAGUCCUAGUGGAAUUCUUGGAUGUUCUGCUGCAUCCGGUGACGGCGAUUACUCGUUUGUGGAGGCUAGCAGGGUUUUGAGAUCAAGAGGGUACUCUGUUAUGGCCUCGUUUCUUGAUUUGCAAUUGGCAGAGUUUAAGGACCAGACUAUGUUAACGAUCUUGGCUCCUGUUGAUGAAAUUGUGAAGGGUUUUAUGGGUGAUUUCGGUGAGUACCGUUCAAUAUUUCUAAGGCAUGUUGUGCCUUGCAAGAUUUCUUGGAGGGAUUUGGUUAAUCUUGAUGAUGAGUUGGUGUUGCCUACAUAUUUGAAGGGAUUUGAGAUAAAUGUAACUACAUCUGGUACUUCCUUGAUGUUCAAUGGAGUUGAGGUCAUUAUUCCUGAAAUUUUUAGCAAUAGUUGGCUUGCUGUUCACGGUCUUGAGGGCAGUUUAGUGACGCAAGAAGGGAGCGCAAGCAAUGGUGAAAAGAUAACAGUGGAUUCUAAGGUCCUAAAGCUCUUGAUAGCCUUCUCUUUUCUGUUUCUGGGUAGCUUUCGUCUGAACUCUAUUUUUUGA